AUGUUGAAACUGGGCAAAGUGAUAAAAGAAAAACCAUCCACCAUUAUUGAACUGUCAAGUUUUGAUAUAAAUCAGACGGAGUGGUCUCCUGAAUUUCGUUUUGUUGAGUUUGUUAUGAACCCAGUGGUAAUCGGUGUAGGGGGCUUUCGUGAAGCAUUCUCUGCAACAAGUCGUCGAGAUGACUUCAACACUUCCACUUGGGUAGUCAAGAAGUAUUUAGCAAAUGCGUUGGAGAAUAUUAAGGCGACAAAUCAGACUCCCGAGCAGCACACAAGGAAGGUGGUGCAAAUGCACCUACUUGCACGAAACUUUGCCAAGCAGCUCCAGCAAGAGGUGUGCAAGCGAAAUAAUGAAGAGGUGUAUGGUGAGUUUAUGUCUUACAACAAUAUUUACCUGGGAAAGAUGGAUGAUGGUGAAUUUGUUACUGUUGGAGAGUUUGUUAAAGGAAGCUUUGACAAGUACAUCAAUAAUGAUGGAACUCUUUGUGGCACUUCAACCUACAUCCGCAUGAAAGCUGAGAGCUUGUCUCAUUAUUCCUAUGUGAGAUCCCAUGAGAAGCUGAUGGUGGUUGAUAUCCAGGGCAGCAGCCAUAAGUUAUUCAACCCGGAAAUUGCCUCAUAUGAAUUGCAAGAGGAUGACGAGUACCUCUUUUCAACAGGAAACAUGACAUUCAGUGCAAUAACCACAUUUGUGAGAGACCAUAAUUGCAACAUUUAUUGUGAACUUGUUGGUUUAACAGAAUUUGAAAAUACUCCUGAAUAA